AUGGUAAAAUAUGCUGCAUUUCAAUCUAAAAUAUGUAAGAAAUUUCAAAAUUCAGAAAUGAAGGGACGGAAAACUAUAGUAAUGGUAAGACAUUUUCAGACUACUGGCUCAUCGCAGUAGUCUGAAAAAAACGUCUUCUGUGGAUGGUACGAUUCGGAGUUGUCCGAACGAGGGUUGGAAGAAGCUCACGAAUGCGGUCGUUUGAUGAAAUCUGCGGGCUAUUAUUUUGACAUCGUGUUCACAUCUCUGUUAACUAGAGCUCACCAAACAUUAGACGUGGUCGCCAAGUACUUAGGACAGCCCGAUGUGCAUGUAAUAGAAACAUGGAGACCGAGCGAACGGCACUAUGGCGCUUUGACCGGAUACGUCAAAGGCCAUCUGGUAGACAUAUACGGGGAAAAACAGGUGCAAAUAUGGAGACGGAGUUUCGAUGUGAAGCCACGAGCGAUGGAUUCUGGACACAAGUAUUACGAUGCGGUCAUGAACAACCCGAAACUCAAGAAGUACGCCAACGAGCAUAACGUUAAGUUCCCUGUGACUGAAUCGCUCAAAGAGACCAUGGAGAGAGUGAUACCGUUUUGGGAGCAGAUGAUUGAGGCCGCAGUGCGACAGGGAAAACGGGUAUUGAUCGUUGCCCACGGUACUGUGUUGCGAAGUAUCGUCAAGCAUUUAGAAGGUACCGA